AUGAAACGCAAGCUGUCCGACGCGGCCGACGACUUCAUCUGGCAGGUGGACGAGCACCGUCCGGCCGACGACGGCCAGCUCGACGAGCACCGCGGCCCGUGCGUCAUCGACUACGACUCUUCAAUUUAUACAUCGUUCGUAGACCCUCGGUGCUUCUUAAAAGACGACAAAUUGUUUGCCAUCGUUGUUGUUAGUACGUUUGGAACGAAGAUUGUAUAUAUUUUUAGUAUGCUGAUGCUAGCGAAUGUUCCUCCUCUUACCGAUGAGAUGAGGUUUCGAUGCCCUGCGCUACCACUUCGGACACGAUCCACUCCUGAAUUCACUCUUGUAUUGGAUUUGGACGAAACCCUAGUACACUGCAGUCUAAAUCCACUUGUUGAUGCAUCCAUGGUAUUUCCAGUCAAUUUCCAGAAUAACACAUACGAGGUGUACGUUCGGUUGCGGCCUCAUCUUCAUACCUUUUUGGAACGACUAUCAGCUAAUUAUGAGAUUAUCCUUUUUACAGCUAGCAAGAGAAUAUAUGCCGACAAGCUAUUGAACUUGCUUGAUCCGCAGAAGCGGUUGGUCCGACACAGACUGUUCCGCGAACACUGCGUUUGUGUUUAUGGAAAUUACAUCAAAGAUCUUUCCAUACUCGGAAGAGACCUUUCUCGAACAGUUAUCAUCGAUAACGCACCUCAGUCGUUCGCCUACCAAAUUGAUAAUGGAAUUCCAAUUGAGAGCUGGUUUCAUGAGAAGGAUGACACGGAGCUUCUGAAACUACUUCCAUUCCUGGAAAGCCUUCCCAAAGAGGUUAACUUAUGUGUAGAAAAUGACGAACUAGCUGCAAUUAUAACUGCUUUACGUAAUAUUCAAAGAAGUGUUGCCCCAUUUGAUCUUUUUAUUAGGGAUCAAUAA